AUGGUUGCACCAGGGAUCAAUUAUCUGCUGAAAGCUUCCGUUCGCUUUGGUAUACCGUCAGCGGCAACAUAUUGUCUGUUGGAUAUAAUCCAAAGAAGACAAUUCCUCCCGUUCAAUCUACCUGGAUGGGCACUCAUCAGCAUUGCGGUUGCUGCGAGGCCCAUGAUAGCCAUUGCAUCUAGGUACUAUGCAAAAUGGGCGAACAAAAGGGCGGCAGAGGCGAGUGGAGCUGUCAUUCCUCCUUACCUUCCAGACUCCACAUUUUCAAUCAUUUCUGAACUGGGGGAAAACCUUCGGGACGGGUAUCCAACGGAUGUACUUAAGCGCUUCAAUGACCAAUAUGGCAAUGUUGUUAACUUUGAUCUCAUGAACACCUCAUUUUUGCUUACAAACGAGCCGGAGCACAUUAAGGCGAUACUUGCGACGCAGUUCGAAUCAUUUGUAAAAGGCCCUUUAUUUAUUUCGCAGAUGGACUCCAUGUUCGGAGAAGGGGUUUUCAACUCCGACGGAGAAAUGUGGAAAUUCCACCGCGCAAUGACCCGUCCAUUUUUCACUCGAGAACGUAUCAGCGACUUUGAGAUAUAUGAUCGCAAUUGGAAUAUCUCCUUGAAAUUGGCAAAGGAUCGUCUUGCAGAGGGAUACUCUAUCGACAUGCAGGAUCUCAUUGCACGAUUUACUCUCGAUUCUGCAUCGGAGUUCUUGUUCGGUAAAAAUGUGGAGUCGCUUUCAGCAGGGUUACCUUAUCACCAGGAGGUCGCCAAGAAAAACUCUAGAGAGUUCUUCGACCAUCCUUCUAAUCAAUUUGUCAAGGCCUUCUCGGACGCACUGCUUCUGAUCGCAAAGCGUCUCACAAUGGGAGAAGAGUGGGCUUUGGCAGAAUUUACUGGUGAUAGAAUAAUACCUUUGCGCAAAACCGUGGAAGACUUUGUGGAACCUAUGAUGAAGGCCGCUUUGGAAAAGAGAGAGCAAGAUAUCCUACUUGGAAAGGAUCCGAGCGAGAAGGAGGAGUCCAACUUGCUUUCUCACCUUGUCAAUCACACGCAAGAUCCGAAGAUCCUCAAAGAUGAGGUUAUCAAUCUCCUUGUUGCUGGUCGGGACACGACUAUGUCACUACUUGCCUUCUCAGUGUACAUGCUUUCAGAGCAUCCUGAUAUUGAGAAGCGACUUCGCGAAGAGAUUUAUGAGAAGGUUGGCCCCUCAGAGGCACCGAAGUACGAGAAUAUGCGAGAAAUGAGAUACAUGAAGGCAUUUAUAAAUGACCAUCCAACGCAAGGUACAGUCCACCUUCGAUGCACUCAUUCUAUUUAUAUGACAUUCAUCGUAAUGCGCUUUGGCAGAAAAAGCAUUGCACCCGUUGUCCUACCAGCAACAGGUCCUGGAGAAAAACCAAUUUACGUUCCAAAAGAUGUGAUAUGCAUAUAUACUACUUUAAAUAUGCAAAGACGAACGGACUUGUGGGGUCCAGACGCCCUUACGUUUGACCCUGACCGUUUCCUCGACGAGAGGUUGCAAAAGUACCUGGUUUCCAACCCUUACAUCUUUUGUCCAUUCAACGCUGGCCCUCGCAUAUGUCUUGGUCAACAAUUUGCCUACAACGAGGCUUCAUAUUAUCUCAUCCGUUUACUUCAAAACUUUACAGAGUUUACUCUUGAUUCUACUUCCAACUUGCCGCCUCCCGCACACUGGAGAAACGGCGAAGGACUCAAGGCAACGGAGAAGAUUUUCCCAGCGGCACAUCUUACGUUGUUCAUCAAGGGAGGAUUGUGGGUCCGCAUGAAAGAAAUCAAGUAUGAAAACUCUGGAAUGUAA